ACCAAUAACACUCUUCAUUUUAUUUAUCUUUUUGCAAAUUGAUGCACCAGGUGGUACAUUUGUGAGGAAACAGCUUUGUGCAUUUGGACUGGCAUCUUGUACAUUACGUAUUUAAUGGCCAAUUUUUCAAAGGCGUGGUGGAUAGAUGUAAUCAUGAUCUUGCUGUUGUUUGCUCUGUCAGUUUCCCUCAUCUUUCUGCUCCUUCUUCUUCUUUUCCAUACCUAUCUUGUUCUAACAAAUCAAACUACAUAUGAGCUUGUAAGACGACGGCGCAUCCCAUAUCUAAGGGGGAUUCCUGAAAGAGUUUAUCCAUUCAGCAAUGGAGCAUGCAGAAAUUUGAAGGACUUUUGCUGUGCUAGAAGUGGCGUAUACAAGUUGGAACCAUUACGAACAACACAGGAGCUUGAAGAAAAGGCAAGACCUUAUACAUGCAUGGAUGUUUUGUCUUGUCGUUGCUGUUGCUGAUAAUUUGCUGCUUGUAUCAUUCCUCACCAUUACAAAUUUUUUAAUUUUAUUUUCCAUGAACUUCACUGUGAUCCUAUUAUAGAAUUGUAACCAUUCGUUUUAGGGAUUUGAGUUGAGGCAUUGAAAAUAUGUUACUACUGUUUGUGGGUCACAUAUGUUUGUUCUUGAGAUGGUUUUUUGAUCCUACUGGUUUUCCCUGCUUAAAAAUCAGAAAAUUUUCUGAGGUG